GGGCAGCCCUGCCUGUGCUAUAUUGCGGGGUCCUAGGAACCUACCCGCUUCGGCUGCGGAGAGUAGACAGCAGCAAUGGCGGACUAUGAAACCUUCGACGAUCGGGCCUACAGCAGUUUCGGAGGCGGCAGAGGGCCCAGACGUGGUGAUGCAGGCCCUGGUCCUCGCAAACAGAAAGAUCUUCCUACAGACCCACCGUUUACAGCAUAUGUGGGUAAUCUUCCUUUCAAUACUGUACAAGGAGACAUAGAUACCAUCUUUAAAGAACUGAACAUGAGGAGUGUGCGGCUAGUCAGAGACAAGGAGACUGAUAAGUUUAAAGGGUUUUGUUAUGUAGAAUUUGAUGAUAUAGAGUCCCUUAAAGAAGCCUUGACGUAUGAUGGUGCACUUUUAAAUGACCGUUCGUUGCGAGUGGAUAUAGCAGAGGGCAGAAAACAAGAUAAAGGUGGCUUUGGUUUCAGGAAAGGCGGGACGGAUGACAGAGGAAGCGAUAGUUUCGGCUCUAGAGGAGGUUCAAGAGAUGACUUCAAUACUGGAAGCGAUAGUUUCGGCUCUAGAGGAGGUUCAAGAGAUGACUUCAAUUCUGGAAGCGAUAGUUUCGGCUCUAGAGGAGGUUCAAGCGAUGACUUCAAUUCUGGCUUUAGGGAUGAUGAUUUUUUAGGAGGCAGAGGUAGAGGUCGCGGUGGUCCUAGUGAUCGGCGAGGACCUCCACCAUCUUCAGCGGGACCUGGUCGCUUCAGAGAUGCACCACGUGGGGCAGCUGCGGACUUCCGAGAGCCUACAGAAGAAGAAAGAGCACAGAGACCACGGCUUCAGCUUAAACCCAGGACGGUUGCAACCCCACUGAAUCAAGUAGCCAAUCCACACUCUGCAAUCUUUGGUGGAGCCAAACCCAGAGUGGAAGGUGCACCAAAAGAAAAGGAAUGAGCCAAAGGUUGGGAGGGACAGAGGAAGAGAGUAACCUGGUCUCUCUGGAACAUCAACCCUGCAGUUACCAUUCCUGCCUCCUGACAUUCACUCCUCCUUUCCCUCCUGUCUGAAACUGAACACUGAGCUUGUGAAUGCAUGUCAGCUGUUAACAAGUGGUUUUUAGUACGUUCUCUGCUUUUCUGUAUCUAGUAACCUGCAUUGUGCUGUUGCCACCUCUAUUUCUCUCGUCCUGCAGGGAUGCCUCUUCCAAAAAAAAAUGGAAUUAAUUUUGGACUAGGGAGAUGAAUUGCAAUUUCUUCAAUUUUCCGUUUCUAUUUUAAUUUGAGGGCUCAUGUGUUAUUGAGUUAACAUUUUGUUUCCCUUGAGUUUCGUGUUUUGCUUCACCUCUGACCUGCAUGUUCCGUUCUGUAUUGCCAAGACUCUGAGAUGGUGAAACCUGGCAUGUGUUCUGUGCCAUGGAUGUUAAGAGACGGCAUUGUAAAUUUCACAUGACUAGGGAUUUUUUGGCUUUAAGCCACAUGUCUAGUCAUACUUUAAAAUGUUCUCCAAAACCUGAAUAGACAACCUUGCUGUAAAGUGCACGUAAUGUACAAAACACAAGGUGAUUACUUUACAUUAAAAAUAAAGAAAUAAGUUAGUUUCAGCAUGCAAGCUCACACUAACUAAUUUUCCUAGUAAAAAUUUUAUGUUGCGUAAUAUUUUUAACAUUAAAGCCUGUGGGUUAUUUCAUUUCUCCAAAUGAAGUCAGCCUUAAAUAUACUGCUUUUUCUGCAGUUGGUUAGUGUACACUUGAAACACUUUCAGCACAUUUACAGUUCUUCACUUGCAGUGCUAAUUGCUCCAUGAGUGUCUGUUCUUUUUUUCUUUUUAGUUGUUGUGUGUUUUUUAGAUCUUGAACAUUUGUGCUGGUGGCUCUUCUUGUGUAGAUAACAGAGCUUUAUGCACUUAUGGCUUCAGGUUCAUUCCUCGCCAGAUAUGUUCUUUGGUCUCAAGUGAUCUGUGGCAGCUCCCCACCAUCCCUUUCCCUUAGUAUAGAAGGUAGAUUCCAAACUUGGCACAGAGCUCACUGCUUAGGAUUUAAUGCCGGCCGCUUUCUCUGUAACUGGUGGCUGUGACAGCGUGUUGCAGGCAGCCCUUGCAGACAAAGGUAAGACUAGUAUUAUAACAGAAUUGAGUAAAAAAAAAAAAAAGAGAAAUCUGGCAAUUAAUAUUUAUCUCCAGUGUCUCAGCAUAUCACAUCCUUUUCACUUGCCUUCCUUUUUCUCCAUUCUCAGCGUUGAUAAGAACCAUUUGUCUAACACUAGUAUAUAAAAUAGGACAUGCUUUGUGUGGUAAUAUAAAGAUGAAAAAUCCAUUACUUCAGAUUAAUCUAGAUAUAUUUACAUCUGUGUGAUGACAGAACAAAGAACUUCACAACUGGUCUAAACAUUUGACUUUACAAUGGUAUUUCCACACACUAAACGUUCUGCUUAAUGACAGAAAGUGCAUAUAUGGACAUGGUAUUUUGUGGAAGAUCUUUUAAAUAAAAGGAAAAACUCAAUUAAA